CAGAAAGAGCCGGGAGCUGCUGAGCAGAGGCAGCGCUCUGAAAGCAUUUUUAAGAAGAUGCUAAUCACGUUCCUUGGUUCUCGCUCCAACACGAUCGAGAGCUCUCGGCUCACCAAUAAAAAUCCCACUGGAAGAAACCAUUGACUGCUGUUCUCCCGGGAAAGUGGAUUUCACUGAGCUCCUAUAAAUACAGCUGGAGGGGAGCUAGGGAGCCCGGGCACUAGGUAUACCCUCGGUGAGAUGGAAAACGACACUUCAGCAGAAAAUGUGACUUGGGAAGCCCCAACUUCCUCCGCAAUGUUGAAUCUCACUGACUACCGGAAUGGCACUGCUGUAAAUGUCAGUAAUGUGACUGGGGUUGAGGUGACCAGCGCCUGGAGCCAAGGAGCUUCAGCCUCAGAUGAUGUUGACCGUGCUCCUGUGGUCUGGGCUGCCUGGGAGCCCCUCCUCAGCCAAUGGAUCAAUGUGCUAGUGGCGGGGGUGCUGAGCAUCACCAUGCUGGGCCUGGGCUGUACUGUACAAGUCCGCCAGCUCGGACAGCACCUCCGCAGCCCCGUGGCCCCGCUGCUCGCUGCCGCCUCCCAGUUUGUGAUCAUGCCCCUGGUGGCUUUCCUCUUGGCCCUGGCCUUCUCCCUGGGCGAGGUCGCAGCCACAGCGGUGCUGCUGUGUGGUUGUUGUCCCGGGGGCAAUCUCUCCAACAUCCUCUCCCUGCUGGUUCACGGAGACAUGAACCUCAGCAUAAUCAUGACUAUCUCUUCCACACUUCUGGCCCUCCUGCUGAUGCCCUUGUGUCUAUGGAUUUACAGCCGAGCCUGGAUUAAUACCCCUGUUGUUCAGCUCAUGCCCUUCGGUGCAAUAAUUCUUACACUAUGUGGCACUCUAAUUCCGAUUGGGCUCGGGGUCUUCAUCAGAUACAGAUACAACAGAGCAGCAGACUUUCUCCUUAAGGUUUCUCUAUGGUCUUUGAUGGUCACCCUGAUACUCCUCUUCAUUCUCACCGGCACCUUACUGGGACCUGAUCUCCUUGCUGCUAUCCCGGCCUCCGUGUACAUUGUAGCUCUGCUGAUGCCGUUGGCUGGCUAUGUUGCCGGUUAUGGUUUGGGUACUCUCUUCAAUUUGCCUGCUAACUGUAAAAGGACCGUUUCUUUGGGGACUGGAUGUCAAAAUGUCCAACUCUGCACAGCCAUCCUGAAAUUAGCUUUCCCUCCCCAGGUUAUUGGCGGCAUCUACAUGUUGCCGCUGCUCUACGCGUUAUUCCAAGUGACAGAAGCUGGCGUUUUUGUUUUGGCAUAUAAAAUUCACAGAAGGAACAUAGCACCCAUGGAAAAACCAGCAGACUUAGAUGCUGACACAGACAUUUCGUACAAAAAGCUCAAAGAGGAAGAAGUUACUGAUUCAUCUUAUGGAGCCGUUAGUGAGACUAGACAACACGCUGUUAUAACGGAACCUCCUACGAGCGAGACACAAAUGUGAAAAUGGACUGCAAUGAAAUAAAAAUAGCAAUGAGCUACUGCUCUUCGGCUGCAGUCCGCCAAUCCCCUCAAUUGAUCGUUAUCCCCGGCAUUUUCACGUGCUCUGUGCAAUCCUGCUUUCCUGUUUGGGGAAAAUGAGAAUGAACUACUUUGAUUUUUGCAUUUAAUCAGAGUAGUUUGAGUACAAAUUAUUUUGUAAUUGUUCGGCGCUAGGUGUAAAUUGCUGAGAAAUGACACUCCAGGACAACCACGUAUCCGAAUACUUUAACUGGUAAAUUCAAACCUGUUAGUUAAGAACUUUAAAGAAGAAACGUGAACAGUAUUCAUUUACUAUACUUCUAAAUUAGCAGAGACUCGUAAAGUAAUUUGCAUUUUCUCUAUAGAAUAAUUGGAGCCAUAAGUUAUAAUGUUUCUUUCAGGGCAGUGUUUGUUCUAAUUGCCAUGUUUUGUUCGCUCAUUGCUAAUAAAGGUCCCCCGAAAGCUGUGA